AUGAUCUCCGGCUCCUCGACAUCCGCCAUCCCGCAGCGCCAGGAAAGCCAGACCCACGAUCCCGCCGCCCCCUACCGCUCGUCCAGCCGGCACCGGUUGUCUGGCUCCGUGCCGCGGUCUCAGACAUCAGCACCAUCAGCGUCGACUUCGGCGUCGGCACCGGAUACCCAGGCCAGCGUCAACAGAAGCACCGCCGUCCAGUCGGCGCAGCAGGGCCAGGCGCUGGCAGCGCAGUCGGCUUCGCGCUCGGCGUCCUCUGGCGGAGCGUCGCGCUUCCCCUCGCCGCCGCCGUCCUCGUCCCCAGCAGCUGUUCCCGGCCCUGUUGCCGCCGACGAUGAGAAUCGAGCGUCUAUGGCAUCUCAGACUGGAGACAGCGUCUCCGCAGCCGGCCUGCAGCACCCGCCAGCGCCUCAGAACCAACAGCCCUCGCCCACAUCGGAUGAUUAUCCCCUGAAAUCUGAACAGGCCGCCGGCUCCGACUCGUACCUGGUUUCGUCCACGUCCGCUUCGUCCAUUCCCGAGCAGAAUGUGAUCCACAUCCGGGAUCUCGCUCACAUAGAAAAGCUUGCGGAAGCUGACCUGGCCGGCGAUGCGGACCAGUCCGGCAUCCUGCACGAUCCGCCGUUGCAUCAGACCAAGUAUGAGAUCAGCGCAAUGCCUAUUGCCGAUGUCAUCGAAAUGGUCGCCGCUCUGUUGACCAAGAUCACAACCACAAACGAUCUGCAGCACGAUGCCAUGCAGCGCAAUGUUGCCCACCAGCAGCAGGCCAACCUGAACGCAGACGCCCACGGCGGUUCCCAGAUGAGUCCGCUUAGCCACUCCGUGCUUGCGUUCCACGGUAAAAACGUUCCCGCCAUCACAAUCUUGAGCUACCUCUCGCGCAUCGACAAGUACUGCCCGACUACGUACGAAGUCUUCUUGAGUCUGUUAGUCUACUUUGACCGCAUGACAGAGAAGGUCAACGACAUGGUGUCUCGGACCGAGGGCAGCAGACGGUCAUCAGCAUCGCGACCGCGAGGGCCGUUAUCAGUCGCAUCCCACGAUACCCCGAUGGGCGAUGCCUCGAGGAGCCCUGACGAGAGCGAUGAAGAUCUUGCCGACGAUGACGACGAAAGCGACGACGAUGAGGUCAUGGCUGACCCAUCAUCUAGAUACGCUCGCUCAGCAGGCAGAGGCGCGACACCCGCUGCUGAGCGCUCCCUUGGCCUGCCGGCCUCGGCGGCAUAUUUCGUGGUUGACAGCUUCAAUAUCCACCGACUAAUCAUCGCCGGGGUAACUUGCUCCAGCAAAUUCUUCUCUGAUGUCUUUUAUACAAACUCGCGAUAUGCAAAGGUUGGUGGACUCCCCCUGCCGGAGUUGAACCACUUGGAACUCCAAUUCUUGGUGCUCAACGACUUCCGACUUGCUAUUCCAGUGGAAGAGCUGGAGGCAUACGCCACGAUGCUUGUUGAAUUUUACGCCCGAGAAGUCGUGGCUCCUCGGAGCCGCCACACGUAG